AAAUCCCAACAGAGAGACACAGUAGCUCACUCUUUGGCUCUGAACUGAAACAAGAUGGCUCUCCUCCAGGCACAGACAUCCCCCCGUAUCCAUAGCCAUAGCUUCAGCUUCAAAACCCACAGCCACUCUCCGGUGCUCUUAUCACUCCAAGCCCCACCACCUGUUUCUUUCACUUUCGUGAAAACCCAUCACCAAAACCCACUCUUCUCUAAUAACUCGCCGUCUUCACUCUCAACAACGCCAAGAAAGGUGCUUUGCAGACCCCCUCAUGGUAAACAUGUCAGACAAGACUAUCUUGUGGAAAAGAUGUCAGCUCAGGAGGUCCAAGAACUGGUCAAAGGAGACAGAAAUGUACCCCUCGUUGUUGAUUUCUUUGCUACUUGGUGUGGACCCUGUAUCUUGAUGGCUCAAGAACUUGAAAUGCUUGCUGUGGAGUAUGAGAGCAAUGUAAAAAUCAUUAAGGUUGAUACUGAUGAUGAGUAUGAAUUUGCACGUGCCAUGCAGGUACGAGGAUUGCCGACAUUACUCUUUAUUAGUCCAGACUCCAGUAAAGAUGCCAUCCGGACUGAAGGGCUCAUCCCAUUACAGAUGAUGCGAGAUAUCAUCGACAACGAAUUGUGAAGGAGUCCGACAAAAAAUUUACUAUAGGCUGCAUAUAUAUGGGGGGGGCCAUGGUCUUGUUUGUGAUGUAUUUGAGAUUUGCUAUGUGGUAGUCUACUAAUUGAAUUACCGUCUUCGAGUGAACAAUUUUGUAGCCAUAUGAUAAACAUAGAUGUAAUGGUAGACAGAUUUAUAUAUGAGGAUGUGUAUCUCGUAGAUGUGAACAAUAAUGGUUGAUAAGUAAAGCAGUAUUAUUGAAUUAUGAU